AUGUGUGCUUUUCGAACCUUGAGAACGAAUUAUGAUUCAACUGUGAUCAAAGAACUUAAUCGUCUGAUGCGCUAUGAAGUUCGACUGGCACAGACCGAGGCGAAGCUGCAGUUUUUCAUGGAAUGUACACGCACCGACAUCUAUCCUCCCAUCUAUGUAAAACAUCUGCGUCGAAUGCAGAUUCGGCCCACAACACGAGCACUCAGGCGCCACGUUACUGAUCUCGCGGAGCAAAUCAAACAACAACUAGCUGAAUUCUCCACAUUGAUUGCAGAGAAACAGGAGAUCGUGCAAAAGCUUUCGUCAGUUGAUCAGGCGUUGUUCCUGAACUAUGUACAAACUGUGGUUUCCCAAAAGAAACCGCUUCAACAAACCAUACUAGAAGAGAAACAACGAAACAAUAGGUCUAACAAAGCACGGCAGUCAUCCAAGUCCAACCCCGCGUCUAGCCCUAUCAUACCAGAAAACGCCACGCCCGGUCACGAUCCUCAGGUCAAGGAUAAUCACGUGUCGAUGCCAGUUCAUCCGGAAUCCGUAUUGUGA